CACACCUGCGCCCCCCAGGAUGUGGUCCACCCUGAAUGAAUGGUUCUGGUGGGAGACACUCUGGCUUCCAUCCGAUGUCAAAUGGGCUGACCUGGAGGACCGUGAUGGCCAGAUAUAUCCUCACCCCCGGGACCUGCUGGCCUCCCUGCCCACGGCACUCGCCCUGCUGGCCCUUCGCUUCGUCUUUGAGAGAUUUGUUGCUCUGCCCCUCGGCCGGUGGCUGGGGUUGAAAGAUCAGCUUCGGCGGCCAGCCAAGCCCAUCCCUGUGCUGGAGAGACACUUCAUCACAGCUGGACCGAAACCCAAGAAGGCCCAGUUGGCGCUUCUGGCUGCCCAAUGUGGGCUCACACAGCAUCAGACUUGGCGCUGGUUCUGUAGACGCCGCAACCAGGACCGGCCCCCACUGAGCAAGAAGUUCUGUGAGGCCAGCUGGAGGUUCACCUUCUAUCUUUGCUCUUCCAUUGGUGGUUUUUUCAUCCUGUAUCACGAAUCCUGGUUGUGGAAACCAAUUAUGUGCUGGGACAGUUACCCAAACCUGCCCCUGAAGCCCGCCCUGUACUGCUGGUACCUCCUGGAGCUGAGUUUCUACAUCUCGCUGCUCAUCACGCUGCCUUUCGACAUCAAGCGCAAGGACUUCAAGGAGCAGGUGGCCCACCACUUCGUCACCAUCACUCUGAUCGUCUUCUCCUACAGCUCCAACCUGCUGCGUAUCGGCUCCCUGGUGCUGCUUCUACAUGACUGCUCCGACUACUUGCUGGAGGCCUGUAAGAUGUUCAACUACGUGCGGUAUGAGAGAGUGUGCAGAGCUUUCUUCUAUACCUUCUCCUUCGUCUUCUUCUGCACGCGUCUGGUGAUCUUCCCCACCCAGAUCCUGUACACCACCUACUUCGAGUCCAUCGUGGGCAGAACGCCCUUCUUCGGCUACUACUUCUUCAACGGGCUCCUGAUGAUGCUUCAAGUCCUGCAUGUCUUCUGGUUCUACCUCAUUCUGCGCAUGUUCAUCACCUUCGCCUCCAAGGGGGAGAUGAAUGAUGUUCGCAGUGAUGCGGAAGAGUCAAAUUCGAGCGAUAGCGAGGUGGUCAAGAAAAAUCCUUCUUUGCAGAAUGGGGUGGCCCACCGGCCAGGGGUGAUCUCAACCUCUGAUGGGCCUCGGAGCCGGGCAGCAACGCAUCAGGCCAAUGGACACAUGGGGCCACGUAUUAGCUGAGCAAGGCCUGGCCCGGAAAGGGUGGACAGCUCCCCACAAACUGGCCAGCUGGACUGGUGGUCCUGGGGACCAACUUGAGCCAGAUGGGAAGGCCCCAGGGUGCUUGGGGCCAUGUGAUCCUGCCUUGAUGAUCCUGCCCAACCUCUCUCCUUUGGGAUGAAAUGGAGAGAGGGAAGCAGGUG